AUGACAGAAAAAUAUAAGGUAAACUUUUUUUAUAUUUUAUUUUUAUUUUAUAUUUUAAAUUAUAAUUUCAAUGUUGUAAUUUCAAUUUUUCCAACAUCAUUUUCUCAAAUUAAUUCAACAAAUGGGUUUUUAAUAUCAGAAGGCAGAAGUUUAAUUUCAAUUACACAUGGAGACUUGAACGGUGAUGGUAAUGAUGAUUUGAUAUAUGCUAAACAUUCAGAAGGACUAUAUGUAUUUUAUGGGCCAUUAGCAAGUAAUUUUGAUUUUCAAACAGACAUAUCAAAAAUCAACGGUUCAAAUGGUUUUAUUUUUUUAAAUACUACUGUUCUAAUGUAUCGAAUAGCUGUUGGUGAUAUAAAUAAUGAUGGAUUUGACGAUAUUGCUUUUUUUUUAAAUAUUAUGCCAGGAAAACUUUGUGUUAUCUAUGGUACUGAUCAAAUUAUAUCACCUUCUACUUUUUCCACAGUGAAUGGUAAUAAUGGUUUCUAUAUUUCUCACGUUUCGUCCUCUAAUAUUGCAUUUGGGCUUGUAAGAUCAAUCAUUGAUUUCAAUGGUGACUCAAUUAAAGAUUUAUUUGUCUCUGCAAGUAUAGGAACUUAUGUAAGUACAGGAACACCAAUUUCAUAUAUGAUAUUUGGUAUAAACGGUGGUAAAUUUCAAGUUAAUUCACAAUUUGAAUUUGACCCUUCAACAUUAAAUGGGAGUAAUGGUUUUUUAAUUAAUAAUUUCAAUUCAUAUGCGGCUUAUCCUUAUGAUAUGAAUAAUGAUGGGAUUGGUGAUAUAAUUAUAAAUAGGGGACAUAUAGCAAUCGAUAUUAUUUAUGGUAGCAGAGGUCCUUUUACCUCACCAUAUAUCCCAGUUUAUGAUGGUGUCAAAGGUACCAGUUUCAGCUUUUUAGGUUGCUCAACAAAUUAUAAUGCUCUUCCAAAUGCUUUUGGAGAUUUUAAUAAUGAUGGACUAAAUGAUUUUGGUAUUCUUACAAAACAUACUUCGGGUGACUAUAUAGCUUUUUUGGUUUGGGGUAAAACAGAAUAUCCACCAACAACAACAUUAAGUAUAAAUCUAAAUCCAUCGGAUGGUUUGGUUAUAGCAGUUAUUGGCAACACCUAUAACUGGGCUUUUUCUCCUAGGUUAGGGGAUAUAAAUAAUGAUGGAUUUGCAGAUUUUUUAAUCAAUGGUAACACUGACCUCCCAUUCACCAUUUUGUAUGGUAAUAAUAAAAAUUAUGCUUCAAAUCCAAUUUAUUUAAAAGAUCAAGUUGGUGAUUGUUCAAAAAUGUCAAUUAAUGGCUAUGCUGAGGCUAUUGAUAUUGGUGAUUAUAACUCUGAUGGUAUUGAUGAUAUUACAGCAGCUAUAUUAGCAACAGGUUCAUAUUUAGAUAUUUAUACAAUAUAUGGUCAAACUUCGAUUGGUUCAAUUUCAAUAAUUAGUAAAUUAUUUCAACCAAAUCCAAUGUCAAACUCAAUUUAUAAAUUAUUUGAAAAUAAUAUUAAUUCAGAAGUUGGACAAUGCGCAAUUAGAAUUGUUACAUUAACAAUUGAAAAUCCAGCAAAUGAAGAUCAAUUUAUUAUUAAUCCUAGUUUCGAUAGUUCAAUAUAUUCAAUAACAUUUAAUAAUAAUACAAGAGUUAGAAUUGAAUUAAUAUUAUUUGGUGAUGAGAGUAAAUCAAUUGCAAAUGAUGUUUUACCAAAAAUAACAGUUUCAUUGUCACCUCAGCUAUUUAAUAGAACUAUAUUAAUGAAAUAUGGUAAUCAAGUACAAUCAAUUAAAUUCAUUGGUCAACCAAAUGCAAAUUGUGAUACAAAAUGUUUAAAUGGAGGUACUUGUAAUCCACUCACUGGUUGCCAAUGUAUAAAUGAUCAUUAUGGUGAUUAUUGUGAAUUAAAAGAUUGUACAGUUCCACAAUGUUUAAAUGGUGGUUCAUGUAAUACAACAGUUGGUGAAUGUUCAUGCACUCAAGGUUAUGAAGGUACGGAUUGCAGUGGUAUUAGUUGUUCAGCUUCAUGUUCAAAUGGUGGUUCAUGUAAUACUACAGUUGGUGAAUGUUCAUGUCCUCAAGGUUAUGAAGGUGUAGAUUGCAGUGGUAUUAGUUGUUCAAUUUCAUGUUUAAAUGGUGGUUUAUGUAAUACUACAGUUGGUGAAUGUUCAUGUAUUAAUGGCUUUUAUGGUGAUGAUUGUGAUACAAAGGAUUGUACAGUUCCACAAUGUUUAAAUGGUGGUUCAUGUAAUACUACAGUUGGUGAAUGUUCAUGCACUCAAGGUUAUGAAGGUAUAGAUUGUAGUGGUAUUAGUUGUUCAGUUUCAUGUUUAAAUGGUGGUUUAUGUAAUACUACAGUUGGUCAAUGUCAAUGUAUAAAUGACUUUUAUGGUGAUAAUUGUGGUACAAAGGAUUGUGCAGUUCCACAAUGUUCAAAUGGUGGUUCAUGUAAUACUACAGUUGGUGAAUGUUCAUGCACUCAAGGUUAUGAAGGUAUAGAUUGUAGUGGUAUUAGUUGUUCAGUUUCAUGUUUAAAUGGUGGUUCAUGUAAUACAACAGUUGGUCAAUGUCAAUGUAUAAAUGACUUUUAUGGUGAUAAUUGUGGUACAAAGGAUUGUACAGUUCCACAAUGUUUAAAUGGUGGUUCAUGUAAUACUACAGUUGGUGAAUGUUCAUGCACUCAAGGUUAUGAAGGUAUAGAUUGUAGUGGUAUUAGUUGUUCGGUUUCAUGUUUAAAUGGUGGUUUAUGUAAUACUACAGUUGGUCAAUGUCAAUGUGUUGAAGAUUAUGAUGGCGAUGGUUGUGGUUCUGAUAAUAAAAAGAAAACAAAUAUUGGUGUUAUCAUUGGCCCAAUUCUAGGUGGUCUUGCACUAAUUGCAAUUAUUGUUGUUGCAAUUGUUUUAAUUAAAAAGAAGAAGAAUGGAAAUUCAAAAAAAAAUACAAAUAACAUUGAAUUAAGACCUCAAGGUUCCACUGUUGAUAUUCAAAUGGGUGGUAGAAUUAAAAAUCUUGAUAAAUUUUAA